AUGGAUCCAAAAGAUGCCCACAGUCCUGUGUUUCUGGUAUUUCCUCCAGAGAUCAACAUACCAGAAUAUCAGUCAAAAGUCCUCACAGCUACCACCUUUGCAUCCCAAAACCUCUUGCAGAAAUUACUUACUACAAAAUUGAAGAUCUUAGGGGCUACUCAGAUCCUGAUUGGAAUUAUAAACUUUUCUUUUGGAAUUGUUUUCCUCUUCACCUCGGUGCCUCCUUACCCAAGGUUUCCUUUUAUACUUAUUUCGGCGUACCCAUUCUGGGGCUCUGCUUUGUUCAUUAUGUCUGGAGCCUUUCUAAUUGCAUUGAAAAGAAAAACCACUGAAUCUCUGAUCAAAGUGAGCCGGGUAAUGAAUUUUCUUAGUGCCGUGGGAGCAACAGCUGGGAUCAUUCUCCUCAUAUUUGGUUUCCUUCUAGAUCGAAACUACAUUUGUGGCUAUUCUCCAGAAGGCAUUCGGUGCCGGGAAAUUACUGCCCUCUUGAUUGGAAUUUUCAUCCUGUUGAUGAUCCUCAGCAUUAUCGAAUUGCUCAUUUCUCUGUCUUUCUCAAUCUGUGGAUGCCACUCAGAAGAUUGA